ACGCACUGAUGCCUCGCGCCAGAAUCCCAAGCGUCGCACGGGCGCGCUUGGCCUCCGUUCCAUUGCCUUAUCAUCCCCGGGCAAAGAGCUCACCAUUCCUCACCUGUCCAUCAUGUCGGCGCUCGCGAGGUCUGCUCUCCGUGUGCCCCGGGGAGCCGUUCGGGCGCGCCUCGCCUCCCCGCGCCCCAUCCCCCACGCUCCCUCCUUUCCUCGUACCGCCAUCUCACGGCUCUCGACGGCCGCCGCCCCGCCCUCGGGACCGAAGUGGAAUGCUCGUCGACUCCUCAUCGCCACCGCGGUCUCGCUUGUUGCCUUCGGAUCAGCGGGCUGGGGAUGGCACUUCGUCGAGAACCUGGAACGCUCGAGCGCCGGCUCCGAGCUCUCCGACCCCGAGCACAUUGACGGCAUGAGAAGUCCCGCCACGCACCACGACAAUGCCAAGUACCCUGCGGUUUUGCACUCGGCACUGAACGAAUACAAGGCUGCCUUCGACGCGGGUGACUACAGCGCCGCCGAGGCCGUCCUACGUGGCGUGUAUGCCGCUGCUGCGGCGAUGCCCGCGGAGAGCUUUACAGGCAUCCUAGAGGGAGCCGUGGGCAAGCGACGGGUGGCGCAGGAACUGGCCGGCUUGCUUGCCGAGGUCGUGAUUCUGCAGGACCGGGUGGUGGACGCCUGGAUAAUCUUGCGUGACGAGUACGAUGCGCUCGGCGAAGCGCCCUUCACGACAUGGCCCGAGGGGCCGGUGAACACGGCCGACACGUUCCUUGCCGCGCUGUUUUUGGCAAAGCAGCUCGCCCGCAAGGCCAACCUCCAGCUGGAGCUGGAGGAGCCCGAGCCCUUUCCAGCGCCCCCACCCGAAAAGGAGGAGCAGCGGCCCAAGAGCUGGAACGAGGCUGUGAUGUACUACUACUACGCACAGGCGGCGGGUCUGCUCGACCUGGGCCUCGCCCACCUCGCUCCCGAGGACCGGCGGGUGCGCCACGCCUACCGGCCAGCUGAGGAAGGCGAGAGCCUCGAGCUUCUCGAUGUCACACAGACCCCAGCUAGCCAAGAGGAGUCGCGGCAGCACACGGCCACGACACUCCGGCUCCUCGGCGGCGCGCUGCACCGCGACGACCAGCGCGCCCUCGCGGCGCAGUACCUCCAGCUAGCGUACAAGCUGUGCGACCCCGCAUCACCGCUCGCCAACCACCUCACGCUCCUCGGCGCUGCGCUGGCGCAGGAGCAACUCGCCGAGGUCGCUUUCGUCAGCGAGUACCUCCACUCCAAGCGGGCGGGCAAGGUGGCGCGCUUCACCAAGGCCAUCCGCCACUUGCACAGCUGUCUUGCACUCCUCGAGCGCUCCGAGGAGCUUGCGGCGCAGCUUUCUGACGACGAGCGGAGAGGCACUUCUCCGAGCGUGGACAAUGACGAGGCGGAACACGCUGCAGUCGUGACCCCAACGCGGAUGCAGACCUUUUACCACCUUGCCAUGUACGAGGCGGUGAGUCUGUAUGCGGGAAAGACAGCUGACCCCAGGCGGCGGGCAACAUGGACUCGGCGCGUGGGGCGCUCGCAGACCUCAACCACCUCGCGGAGGAGGCCGGCACGCCGAUUCUGUCCGAGCCUCCAGCUCCCGUCGACGGGCGUGGGCGUGACCUCGCUGAAAUGGCCGCUUCGCUGCAGCCGUCGUGGUGGGAUGUCGGCUCGUGGUUCACCAAGCCGAAGAAGCUGGAGACAUCCGAGGCGGCGGGCCUGAUUCCUCCCCCGCGCUGGCAUUGAGAUUUCAGAUGUGUCAAUAGAAGAAUAGACGGAAUGCAAAUGGCGACGAUGCCAAGGCGCUGGGCAGUAUUUGAGUUGAUCAGCGUGCUCGGCCCUGUUCACAAAAGGACGGGGAGAGUUCCAGCGUGGCCUCUGAAACGUC